UAGUCAUUUUAUCAGUUAGAUAGAUGAAGAUAUCUGCAACUUUCAGGAAGUUAAAGCAGUGUGAGUUGCAAUACGCAACAGACAAGAUCAUAGCAAGCUGGUAUCACCCCUUCCGUAAUCAAUGAUGAAGACCUUUCUGGUUCUGAUGACCUGGAUUCUGGCUGAAGUUUCCUCAUUCACCUUUGACCCUGCAUUGGAUGAAAGUUGGAUGAAGUGGACAUUACUUCAUGGAAAACAGUACGGAAAGAAUGAAGAAAAUUGGAGGAGAAUAACAUGGGAGAAGAAUCUGCAAAAAAUCAAACAACAUAACCUGGAGCAUGCAAUGGGCAAACACACAUUUCGUAUGGAGAUGAAUCACUUUGGUGAUAUGACCAGUGAGGAAUUCAACCAACUCAUGAAUGGAUUUAUUCAAAGAAACCUGGAGAGCCCAACUCCCAACGAAGAGUCACUCCAUGACCAUGACAAAAUGGAUCCUCCUCAGGGCAUUGACUGGCGUGGACGUGGGUAUGUCACGGAAGUGAAGGAUCAGGGUCACUGUGGCUCAUGCUGGGCAUUUAGUGCGACUGGGUCACUGGAGGGACAGAUCUACAGGAAGACAAAUAAACUCAUCUCACUGAGUGAGCAGAAUCUUGUCGACUGCUCCAGACACCAUGGCAAUGAAGGAUGUUGCGGUGGACUGGUACAUCAAGCCUUUAAGUAUAUACAGAGAAAUGGUGGAAUAGACAACGAGACCUACUACCCCUACAUUGCAACAGAUAAGGGGCCUUGUAAGUACAACCCCCUGCACAGUGUUGCUAACUGUACUGGGUACAGAACCAUUCGUCAUGGCAGCGAGGAGGCAUUAGCGAUGGCAGUGGCUUCAGUUGGACCUAUAUCAGUUGGAGUUGAUGCAGCUCACCUAUCCUUCCAGUUCUAUCGCUCAGGGAUUUAUCAAGAUAACAAAUGCAGCACUACCACUUUGAAUCAUGCAGUGCUGGUCGUGGGAUAUGGAACUCAUGGUGAAGGAGAAACUGCACAGAGAUAUUGGAUUAUUAAAAACAGCUGGGGAAAGCAUUGGGGUAUCAACGGGUACAUGCUUCUCGCCAAAGACAUGAACAACCAGUGUGGCAUUGCUAAAUAUGCAGUUUAUCCCCUGGUGUAAUGGCAAUGGCACUAACAGGAAGCCCCUAUUAUGGAUGUGGUUUGAUACAAGAUGUAAAGCAUCAUCAUAUCAAUGGAAACAAGAUACUUGCUGCAAAAAUGGAAAUUGCUGGAAAAGC